CUCUACGCCGCCGCCGCCGCCGCACCAUCGGAGAGCCAGUCCCUCCUCAGGCUCAAACAAUCCUUCACAAACGCUGACCGAGCCUUAGCUUCGUGGAUCCCGAACGUGUCCCCUUGCUCAGGAACUUGGGUCGGCGUCGUUUGCUUCAACAACAUCAUCACCGGUUUGCACCUCUCCGACUUAGGACUCUCCGGCAAGAUCGACGUCGAAGCUCUCGCCGAGAUUCGUGGCCUCCGAACCCUCAGCUUCGUCAACAACUCAUUCUCAGGACCCAUUCCAGAAUUCAACAAACUUGGCACAAUCAAAUCGCUCUUGUUAACACAAAACCAAUUCUCUGGUCCCAUUCCUUCAGAUUUCUUCUCCCAUUUAGGUUCCUUAAAGAAAGUGUGGCUCUCAGGUAACACCUUCUCAGGUAACAUACCCGUUUCGUUAACACAACUCGACCUUCUCAAAGAGCUUCACCUCGAAUAUAACCAAUUCUCAGGGCCUAUACCAAACCUCAAACAAGACAUAAGAUCCUUCGAUGUUUCAAACAACAAGUUAGAAGGUCCAAUCCCUGAAAGCUUGUCCAAGUAUGGUGCUGUUUCUUUCUCUGGGAAUGAAGGGCUUUGUGGGAAGCCUCUUGAGAAGCCUUGUGAUGGUUCUUCUUCUUCUUCUUCUUAUUAUACGCUUCCUAACAGUACUGAUAAUGACAGUGGUUACGGUUCGGGUUGGGCUGUGAAGGUGAUUGUGAUUCUCGUUCUUGCUGCUGUUGCUGCGGUUAUUUUCUUGUUUGUUAAGUCGAGGCAGCGUAGGAAUAAUUUCAGCAUUAUUAGCAGGUCGAGUAGUGUGGAUGAGGUUGUGCAGGUGCAUGUGCCUAGUAUUAAACAACAUUCAUCGGAACCUAUCAGCAGAAAGGGUGGUGGAGAAUCGAGAAAAGGGCACUCGCAUUCGAAGAGUGGUGGAAUGGGGGAUAUUGUGAUGGUCAAUGAUGAAAAGGGUGUGUUUGGUUUGCAGGAUUUGAUGAAGGCUGCUGCUGAGGUUCUGGGAAAUGGUGGGUUGGGUUCUGCUUAUAAAGCUGCCAUGGCUAAUGGGUUGUCUGUGGUGGUGAAGAGGAUGAGGGAGAUGAAUAAAAUUGGAAGAGAUGUGUUUGAUGCUGAGAUGAGACAGUUUGGGAGGAUCAGACACCGCAAUAUUUUGAGUCCUUUGGCUUACCAUUACCGCAAGGAGGAGAAGCUUUUUGUUACAGAGUACAUGCCCAAAGGAAGCUUGUUAUACGUCUUGCAUGGUGAUAGAGGAAUAUGCCAUGCUGAUCUGAAUUGGCCUACCCGUUUGAAGAUUGUUAAGGGAAUUGCAAGAGGGUUGGGAUUCCUUUACACUGAAUUUUCAACCUACGAUCUGCCCCAUGGAAACCUCAAAUCUAGCAAUGUUUUACUAAGUGAUGAUUACGAGCCUCUCUUAAGUGACUUUGCCUUUCAUCCACUGAUCAACCCCAAUGUUGCCGUGCAGGCAAUGUUUGCCUAUAAAUCCCCAGAUUAUUUACAGUGGCAGAAAGUUUCACAGAAGACUGAUGUUUUUUGCUUUGGAAUCAUCAUUCUUGAAAUCAUUACUGGGAAAUUCCCUUCUCAGUAUCACAGCAAUGGCAAGGGUGGGACUGAUGUUGUGCAAUGGGUCCUCACAGCAAUUUCUGAGAGAAGAGAAGCAGAAUUGAUUGAUCCUGAGUUAGAAAAUAACAACUCAUUCAAUCAGAUGCUGGAACUUCUCCAAAUUGGGGCUGCUUGCACAGAAAGCAACCCUGAUCAAAGACUAAACAUGAAGGAAGCCAUUAGAAGGAUAGAGGAGUUACAGGUUUAAAGAUUGUGUUAAUAAGCUAGCUUAGUUCAAGUUUCUUUGGUAGGUGAUCAGAAUUUCAGGCUUGGGAAAUAUUGCAGUACAACAUCUUAAUCCAACCAUUGGUAAUUUUCAUGAAUGAUCUUCUGAGAGCAUAGCAGUAAGCAGUGAUUUUGUGCAAGAGAAACAUAGAUGGCAGAUAAGAAUGGAAGAAAGGACAAGAAGGUAGAAAGGGAGAAGGAUUGGAUAACUUCAUAUAUAUUGUCCUUUUGAAAGAACAAAAUGUCAUAGUCCAAGCUGAACCUCUUUCUGCUGAUAUCAGCUCUUGCAAAGUAUGUGCAAUUCUUAUACAUAAAACCAUUUUAGGACAACAUCCCUACAAUUUGUAAAGACCUACAUUUUAGUUGUGAAAAGUAUAUACUUCUAGGAUUUUUCCAGUUUUCCUCUUAUUAUGUCUAUCAAAUA